AUGAGGUUUCUGAUCUCACUGUGUGUGUCUCUUCUGCUGCUGAUUAAUGGUGAUAUAAUCAAUGGACAAACUUCAGAUCCUACAACUUCCAGCUCUGAUCCAUGCUAUAAUUAUAACAUUAUUGAUGAAAACUGGAGAGAAAUACAACAAUAUAAUAACUAUGGCUAUGAUGACACCCUUGUUGAAUGGAGUGGUUGGUAUCGUCUGUAUCUGAAUGGAGAAAGUGCCCAGAUGUCUGAGUGGUGUGUGAGUAAUAUGAGAUGUGGUGGUUCCACUGGACUGUAUCUCAAUGGCUCUCAUCCAAGAGUUGAGGAUGGAGUGGUGACCUGUGAAGUCUUGGGAACUACUUCAUGGUGGGGAUAUGAAGAUGCCAAUCAGUGUGGCACCUACACAUCCACAUCUAUCCAAGUCAAAACCUGUCCAGGAGACUAUUAUGUCUAUGAAUUUGUCAAACCCAACAUAUCAGGCCCCAGUCCUACAUAUUGUGCAGUUGCCUUCCAAAGCAUCAGCAGUGAUCCCUGCUACAACUAUGAGUCUCUGGAUCGUCCCUGGAGAGCCAACAAUGAAAGUGGAGAUUACAUUUGGGAUGAAUCUUUCUCCUGGAAUGGCUGGUACCGGCUUUUCUACUAUGGAAUGAACAUCCAGAUGCCAGAGACCUGUGUGGAUUCAUACAGCUGUAAUGCAGAAUAUAGUCUGUGGCUCAAUGGUCCUCAUCCUCAGAUAGAGGAUGGAGUGGUGACUAGAGAGGUCUGUGCAGGGUCUUAUUGGGGCAGCUGCUGUAAUUACAAAUCAAAACCCAUCAGAGUGAAAGCGUGUGCAGGCAAUUACUAUGUCUAUGAACUUGUGAAAACACAACUCUGGUGUUCAGGAUACUGUACAGAUGUCAGCACCAUUUCACAGGUGGCUCCCACUGUAAGUCCAGAUAUAAUCACUGGAUCCAGCAUCACCUUCAAUUAUGACCCGUGUGAAAACUACAAUGUAAUCAACAACUACUGGAGAAGCACACGCAAUUACUGGUAUUGGUACGGCUAUAUAAAUGGACAUGAUGACACUCUUGUAGAAUGGGACGGCUGGUAUCGACUCUUCAUCGAUGGAUCAAAUGCUCAGAUGCCCGAGUGGUGUUUUUAUUACAUGUCAUGUGGAAGUUUUAGUUCUCUGUAUCUUGGUGGCUCUCAUCCUCGGCUAGAAGAUGGAGUUGUUACUCGUGAAGUUUUUGGUUCUCACUAUGAAGAGUGCAGUCGUUACAGAUCUGAACCAAUCCAAGUCAAAGCUUGUCCUGGAGAUUAUUAUGUCUACAAAUUUACCAGACCAACAGUCUCAAUCCCAGCUCCUGUGUAUUGUGCAGUUCCUUCCUCCAUCCCAAGCGUUGAUCCCUGCUACAACUACACCAGUCUGGAUGAACCAUGGAGAGCCACUGACAACUAUUACUAUAAUAACUAUUACUCCAAUGGCAUGUGUGAUUAUAAUGUGGAGUGGAAUGGCUGGUACAGAAUGUUCUACAAUGGUCAAAAUGCUCAGGUGCCAGAAUCAUUUGUAAAUCAAGGCAUGUGUGGCACUAAUUACCCAAUGUGGCUCAACGGCCCUAAUCCACAGCUGGAAGAUGGAGUGGUCACUCGUCAGGUCUGUUUAAGUGCCAACUGUGAAUUCAAUUCCCACCCUAUAAGUGUCAAAGCCUGUCCUGGAAAUUACUAUGUUUAUGAGUUUGUCAAGCCAAUGUUUUGCUCAGCUUACUGUGUAGAAGCCUCAAGUCAGUCCAUCCCAUCAGUGUCUACAACAUCUGAGACAAUCCCAUCCAUAGAAUCCAUUACUCCACCAAUCACAACCACUGCUCUCCCUGUUGACCCCUGCUACAACUACAACAUCCUGGACGAUCCAUGGAGAGCCACCAGCAAUCAACAUUCCUCUCAAAUAAUGUGUGAUGUUUGGGUCAGCUGGAGCGGUUGGUACCGUCUCUACAUCCAGGGUCAGAGUGUUCAGAUGCCAGACACAUGUGUUGAGCAGUAUAGUUGUGGCACUCAUGCUCCACUCUGGCUGAACGGAGGUCACCCAACAGUUGAGGAUGGAGUGGUCACUCGAGACGUCUGCGGUCACUGGAACAAUGACUGCUGUGCUUUUCUGUCCAAUCCAAUUAAAGUCAAAGCCUGUCCAGGAGAUUAUUAUGUCUAUGAGUUUGUGAGUCCAACAACCUGCAAUUUGGCUUACUGUGCAGGUAAAGGGCCAUUUUAUCCAUUUGGAACUGGAGACACAGUGAAUGGACGCAUUGAUGACGGGAGUUCAUCAGUUAUAUACCUUCAGCAGACAUUUAUAUUUUUUGGGCAAACAUACAACCAAAUUUAUGUUAACAACAAUGGACACUUGACUUUUGACGGGGCAUGGUACAGCUACACUCCAUACCAGUUUCCAGCCUAUGGAGGGAAAGACCUCAUUGCUCCAUUCUGGACAGAUAUUGACAAUCGUUGGACUGGUGUAAUCUCAUAUGAACAGUACACCUCUGGCAGUGUCCUUACACAAGCAACCCAAGACAUAAACCAAUACUUCCCUGACUUGAGUUUCUCUGCUUCAUGGGUCUUUGUUGCAACAUGGGAUAGAGUUGCAUAUUACUACAAUUCAGGAACAGAAACAUCUUUCCAAGUGGUUUUGAUUUCAAAUGGCCAUCUCUCAUUUGUUUUAAUGAACUAUGGUGCAAUCGCUCCAACACAACGAUAUGUACAGGCUGGUUAUGACACUAUUGAUUCAAGUCACCAUUUUUCAAUUACUGGAUCGCUCCAGAAUGACAUCACAAGCCUACCAUACAGCAGCAAUGUCAAUGUGCCAGGCAGAUGGGCCUUCAGAACAGAUCAUGGAUCACGGGGCUGUCAAUUUAAUGGUUUUCCAGUGCAGCUGGGAGACUCUUUCUGGAGUGAUGCUGCCUGCCAGGAAAGAUGCACCUGUACCACAAGAGGCCUCCAAUGCAGCGUUGAGCCGUGUACUUAUUCCCAAACUUGUCGUCCUGCUGCUUUCCAAUACUCUUGCCAGAACAUUCAGCGACAAACAUGCACCAUCUCUGGUGAUCCUCACUACUACACUUUUGACAAUCAGAUUUUUCACUUUCAGGGAACCUGCACAUAUGUUCUCUCUGAGGCUUGUGGAAAUGGUUUGCCGUACUAUCGAAUUGAGGGAAAAAAUGAGCAUCGGGGUAGCACACAUGUGUCAUGGACUCGAAUGGUCAGAGUAUUUGUCUAUGAUGAAGAAAUUGAAUUGGUUAAAGAUCACUAUUAUGAGGCAAAGAAUGCCACAUGUGGUCUGUGUGGAAACUAUAACCUGCAUCCUGAAGAUGACUUCCGUUCAAUCUCUGGAGAGAUCUUGAGCUCAGAUGUUGAUUUUGCCAACUCUUGGAAGGUACAGGGAGACACAGACCCCGAAUGCCAUGAUGUCAGGUGCACAGGUCUAGGUUGUGCGACCUACAUAGAGAACUGCGUCUAUGAUCUUUGCUUAGGAGGAGGGUACCAGCCCAUUUUGUGCCAGGCACUUAAUGUGUAUUCUGCUCAAUGCCAACAGCAGGGUGUACAACUAGGGCACUGGAGACAACCAGGCUUUUGUGAGAUUCAAUGUCCAGAGCACAGUCAUUUCGAGUCCCAUGGAACAGGCUGCCCUGCAACUUGCAGCAACCCCUCCGCCCCAACAAACUGUCCCUUGCCCAAUCAGGAGAGCUGCUUUUGUGAUGAUGGGCACAUCCUCAGUGCUGGGCAAUGUGUGCCUGAAGCGAACUGUGGCUGUGUCUUUGAGGGCUUCUAUUAUCCUGAGGGACAGUCAGUAGUGUUGGGCGAGGACUGUGGGAGGCAAUGUGUUUGCAGUAGGGGGUCAAUGGUGUGCAGUCAGCACCAGUGUGGUCCAGCAGAAGUGUGUGGACUCCAUAAUGGUGUAAGGGGUUGUAGACCCAUCAGUUAUGCUACCUGUUCAGUUGAAAGCCUGGGUUCAUACCACACCUUUGAUGGACAAACUUUCAGAUAUCCAGGAGCUUGUGGACUGACCCUUGCAAGAGUGAUGGGGCCAUCCCAGCUGCCAUACUUUGUAUUGACAGUGGAGAAAGUACCUAGAGGCAUUCAAGAGUUUUCCAGGUUCCUGAGGUUUGAGACAGGAGGAACUCAUGUUUCCAUUGAAUUGGGAGAAGGUAGCAAUGUGCAGGUGGAUGGACAGAUGGUCGGUCUACCCAUCAGUGUUGGGUCCAGUCAGAUCCAUAUCUAUCACAGCAGUUCAAGAGGAUUUGUUUUGGAAACAAACUUUGGAGUGACUAUUAGAGCUGACUGGCCACACAUUGUCCGAAUCAAAGCUCCAACCACUUACAAUGGUACACUUGGAGGUCUCUGUGGGAACUUGAAUGGAAAUAUUGAUGAUGAAUUCUACAGCCCAAAUGGUGUCCUGCUGGAUGACUCCCAGCUUUUUGCAGACAGCUGGCGUGAUGGAUCCCUGUCAGCCCACUGUGUGGAUUCAACAGACAUGUGGGAACCAGGUAUUUAUCAGAACAGAAGUGAGUUCAGAGAGCACUGCAACAUUAUGGCCAUGAAUGAGGGACCAUUUGCUGAGUGCAGUAGAACACUAGACCCUUGGCAACGGAUUGAAGAUUGUAUUCAGAUGCUGGAGCAGACAGACGGUGCUAGGGAGGCUCUAUGUGAAGCCCUACGAGGUUACACACUGUACUGCCAACAGAAUGGCAUCACAGUUGGAGAGUGGAGGAGUAUCACCCACUGUGAUCCCAACUGUCCAGCUAAUACCCAUUACGAACUGUGUGGCACAUCCUGUCCUGCAUCCUGUCCUAGCCUCUCAUUUCCCUUCCAGUGCACGCUGCCAUGCCAGGGGGGAUGCCAGUGCAAUGAUGGACUGGUGCUGGAUGGAGACCGCUGUGUUUCCCCAACUGGUUGUGGCUGCCACUAUGAUGGCCGCUAUCGGCAACCUGGGGAGCAGUUCUGGCAUGGUGAAGAAUGCCAGUUCCAGUGCGUCUGUGAUGGAAUCACUGGAAAUGUCCGUUGCACACCAUCAUCUUGCAGUGAACAGGAAAUCUGUCGUGUGGUGGAAGGAGAGUAUGGCUGCCAUCCCCGUCCACAUGGUAGCUGUUAUGCUUCUGGAGACCCGCAUUAUAUCUCUUUUGAUGGAACCUAUUUUGACUUUCAAGGCCCGUGCCGAUAUGUGCUGGCCAAAGUUUGUGACGAGGCUCGUGGUCUACCGUCCUUCCAGGUGGAUGCAAGAAAUCAAAGAUUGGAUGGAUGGCCAGUGUCAAUAACUGUUGAAGUUUUGGUCAAUGUGUCUGGGCAUCUUGUGCACAUUUCACAGGACAUGAACAGUUAUUCUGCUGUUAAGGUUGAUGAAGAGAUCAGAAACCUCCCUGUCUACCUUGACUCUGGUCGAGUAUCUGUCUAUUCCACAGGAGGGUUUACAUAUGUCUCAACUGACUUUGGUUUCACUGUCACUUUUGGUUUCUGGGCAGUAAACAUUGUUGUGCCGGCAGACUACAGUGGAGUUGUGUGUGGCAUUUGUGGCAACUUUAAUGGCAAUCCCGGAGAUGACUUCCUCACUCCUUCAGGCACUCCAGCACCUUCAAUAGACCAGUUUGGGGCAGAAUGGAUGGUUGAGGAUGGCAUGCCAUGUAAUGAUGGAUCUGAAAACACUUGUCCUGACUGUUGCAGAGAUGAGAGCACAACUCUUAUCUCACAAGCCUUGUGUGGAAUCAUCAGGGACAGUCAGGGUCCCUUUAGCUUCUGCCAUGGUUCUGUAGAUCCACAAGCCUACUUUGAUAGCUGUGUGUUUGAUGUGUGCACGUCGGAGAACAACAAUGAUGUUUUGUGUCACUCAGUUCAAGCCUAUGCAAGUUCUUGUCAAUCUGCUAAUGCCAUUGUCUAUCCCUGGAGAGAAAAUGCAUCCUGUGUCAUGGACUGCUCAGCAAACAUCCCAAAUAGCCAUUAUGAGGUGUGUGGCACAGACUGUGGCCAUACAUGCGCCAGCAGCAUUGAUGCUAGUUGUGAACACACAUGCUCAGAAGGUUGUUUCUGUGAUGAGGGAUAUGUGAGGAGUGGAGGACUCUGUGUGCCAGUGGAGCAAUGUGGCUGCUUGUAUGAUGGAUUCUACUAUAAUAUUGGUGAACAGUUCUGGGAUUCAACAUGUUCCCAACGCUGUCAGUGUUUUGCUCCAAAUGAUUUACGCUGCUCUGCAUCUGUCUGCCCACAAGCCUUGGAGUGUGCAGUCAGAAAUGGACAACGUGACUGCUACAGUCCAAUGUCCACCUGCACAGUCUGGGGCGAUCCACACUACAUCACCUUUGAUGGAGCUCUGGCUCACUUUCAGGGAACUUGUUCAUAUGAGGUUGCCCAGACCUGUGGUAACGUUACAGACAGUGAUCUGGAGUUUCGUGUGGUGGCCACCAACAGGCACCGUGGAAACAUGGUGGUAUCAUUUGUGUCUGCAGUGGAUGUUUGGUUGUCUCAGCAUGGACAACAUAUGCACAUCACAAUUGGCCAAAACAGGAUAGUUAAAGUUGAAGGGAAUGCCAUCGACACACCAGCAUAUCAAAACAAUGAUCUUGUAGAGAUACGUGAAGAGCAGGGAUUCGUGAUUCUGAAUGCUUUUAAUGAAUUCAUUGUCCAUUUUGAUGGACAUAGCAGCCUUCUAGUCAGAGUUAGUGAACGAUUCUAUGGAUCUCUAUGUGGAAUGUGUGGAAAUUUCAAUGGAAAUCCUGCAGAUGACAAAGUGCUGCCCAGUGGAGACCCCGCUCCUGAUGAUGAUUCCUUUGGCCACAGCUGGCAAUCAGACACCAGCAUUCCAGGCUGUGGUGCCAGAGACCAGACAGGUAAUGCUGAUGAGUGUCCAUCCAGACAGAGAUAUUCUGAUCUCUGUAGUAUUAUCACCAACACCACUGGCCCCUUCCAGAACUGCCAUCUUCAUGUUGACCCUGCACCUUACUACUACUCUUGUGUGUAUGAUCUGUGUCUGUACACACGUGCAAAUGACAUGUUGUGUUCAGCUGUUGAGGCCUAUGAGACAGCUUGUGCCAUCUUGGAGAUACAGAUCCCAGAAUGGCGUUCGGGUAUGCGGUGUGAUGUGAGAGAUCGCUGUUCUGAGCUCAGCUGCUCUGAGGAUGAAUGGUGUGGGAAGAAAAAUGGUGUUUAUGGCUGUAUGUGUAACGAUGACCUACCCAGACCACAAGCUGACUCUUUUGAUUUCUCAGAAAGCUGUGAAAGCAGCUCUGGCUCCAUGUCUGUGUCUCGCUGUCAGCUCUUUGAGGCUGGUUUUCCGGCUGAUGUCUUGCACCUCAGUGAUCCCAGCUGCAGAGGAACGGUCCGGAAUGGCAGAGUGGAAUUCUAUUUUGAUAACGAUGAACACAUCUGUGGCACAAAUCUUGUGGCCAACGGCACCCACUUUAUCUAUGAUAACUUUAUUCUGGGGGCACCGAGGUCAGAGGGUCUCAUCAGCAGAGAGAAAAUCCUCAAGCUUUCUUUCAGCUGUGUUUAUCCUCAAACCCAAACACUUUCCAUGAAUGUGGAAAUCAACCCACUGGAGAGUGUUGUGCACAAGACCCUCCCGGCUGGUGAAGGCAGAUAUCAGGUGCGGAUGAUUCCAUAUGAGGAUGAUGAGUUUACUCGGCCCUUCACUGGUAGAGUGGAUGCAGAGCUGGACCAGAAGAUGAAUGUGGAAGUUCGUGUCGAGGGGGUGGACAGCCGUCAGUUUGCUCUGGUGAUGGACACGUGUUGGGCUACACCUGUGAAUGAUCCUGAUUACAGUCUCCGCUGGGAUCUCAUCGUUAGAGAGUGUCCCAAUCCAAAUGACGACACAGUGGAGCUGCUGCAGAACGGCGUCUCGACAUCCAGCCGUUUUUCCUUCAGGAUGUUCAUCUUCACUGCAAACUCCACUAAGCUUUACCUGCACUGUGCUGUUCACCUUUGCCUUAUGUCAAGCAAUCGCUGUUCACUGGACUGUAACUCUGGACAGCAGUGGAGAGAGCGCAGGUCUCUGGACUUUCAUGACAGUGCUUCUAUAUCCUUGGGUCCUCUGAUGUUGUCUGAAGGGAACACAGAUAAGUGGGUCCCAGAGCAAGUGAAGGUGUCUGAGGCUUCUUCUCUGUGUGCUUCUCUGAUGCUGUUACUUGUUCCUCUGAUGAGUGUUCUGACCCUCUUUUAGUUUACUUCAACAAAAAAUGUAUAUUGUCUAUUAAUAUGGAACUGGUGUUACAUUUGUGGUGGGUUUCUAAAUAUUUUUUUUUAUUUCAUUUAUGUGGUGUCAUAAAUGAUGAUUUAACCCUUUACAUUAGUUAUUAUACACUACAUUCAUUCUGUUUUACUUGAGAGGAUGUUCUGCAAUAGCAAACAAUCAGAUUUGCAUUAAUUCAAAUCAUGCAAAAUUAUUAAUAGGGUAACUUCUGUUUUUGCGUUUCCUUUUCAAAAUGUAACCUUUUAGUAAUC